AUGGGGAGAAACGGCGUGCUAGGCCAGCUUCGAGGCAUCGAUGCCUUUUCCAAGACUAUGGACGAUGUGCGGAUCCGCACGAACGCCGGUGCGCUCAUCACGAUGGUUUCAGCCCUGCUUAUUGUAGUGCUGACCAUCGGUGAGUUUGUCGACUACCGGACGGUGCAUUUGAAGCCUUCGCUCGAAGUGGAUCGAUCGCGCGGCGAGAAGCUGACGGUGAAUAUGGACAUCACCUUCCCGCGCGUGCCGUGCUAUCUGCUGUCGCUGGACGUCAUGGAUAUCUCGGGCGAGCAUGUGAAUGAUAUUCAGCACGACAUCGAGCGCACGCGCGUGACGCACGAUGGCAAACCCAUCACCCAGGGCAAGAAGAACCUCAAGGGCGAUGCUGCGCGCAUUGCAGCUACCAAGGGCAAGGACUACUGUGGCGAUUGCUAUGGUGGUCAACCUCCUGCAACUGGAUGCUGCAACACGUGCGACGAGGUGCGCGAGGCGUAUGUUCGGAAGGGCUGGAGCUUUGCCGAUCCAGACCAUGUGGAUCAGUGCGUUGCAGAGGGUUGGUCUGAAAAGAUCAAGGAGCAGAACAAGGAGGGUUGCAGGAUCUCGGGCAAGCUGCAUGUCAACAAGGUGGUGGGAAGCUUUCAUCUGUCGCCCGGUAAGGCGUUCCAGAGAAACAGCGUGCACAUUCACGAUCUUGUGCCCUACCUCUCCGGCACAGGUGCCGAGCAUCACGACUUUGGCCACAUCAUCCACGACUUUAGCUUUGGCUCCGAACAGCAGUACCACGGCCUCACCACCGCCAAGGAGCGAGAGGUCAAGCAGAAGCUCGGCGUCAAAGACCCGCUCGAGGGCGUACGUGCACAGACCCAGCAGAGCCAGUUCAUGUUCCAGUACUUCCUCAAAGUCGUCUCUACCGAAUUCCGCCCCCUCUCGGGAGACACGCUCAAGACCCAACAGUACUCGGUAACAACAUACGAGCGCGACCUCUCCCCCGGUGCAAAUGCAGCCGCAAUGGCAGGCAUGUCCAACGAAGGUUCUGGCGCCCACAUCUCACACGGCUUCGCAGGCGUCCCCGGCGUCUUCUUCAACUACGAAAUCUCGCCCCUCAAAACCAUCCACUCCGAACACCGCCAGUCGCUCUCGCACUUCCUCACCUCCACCUGCGCCAUCGUCGGAGGCAUCUUGACCGUCGCGGGUAUCGUCGAUAGCUUGGUCUACAACUCCAGACGCAGACUACGCAGAAACGCUCCCAACGACCACUCCCAAGAGGGCCUAGGCUUCACCUCGAAAACCGGCAAAUUCCUCUAA